AUGUAUGUGAAGUUUGCGGAAACGUGCUGCCCCAACUUUAUCGCCGAGAAGAAAGCAUCCGAUCAUCUAUGGAAGCUCACGCAAACGGAGGACUUGCCGUUCAAUAAAUUUCUCACACCCCCUGUAGCCAGAUGCUUUCAGUGUCAGAAAGAUCUGACUGUAAGAAAUAACCCGUCGAAAGCUAAAGUGUUCACGUUGGAUGGACCCAUACCAUGCACAAAAGUUACGCUGGAAUGUAGAUGUUGCUCGUAUGUUUAUGGAAUCUGCAAUUAUAGUGACGGAUCGGGUUCUCACUUUUACCCAAAGUCUGAUGAAUAUGAUGUUGAGCUUAUCGAAGUGAGCAAUGUCACAUAUUUUGACGCGAAACUAUACAAGUGGUUUCCUUCAUUAAGGUGAGGAAACCCUUAUUUAUCCACAAUUAUAAAAUUAAUAUUUAGAUAUAAAGAAUACUAAUAACAAAUUUUUGAUUUACACUUUAGUGGACACAAAAUCUAUAUGACUAAAUUAUAUUCAGUAUAGAUUUAAAGUUUGUUCGUUCACUGCAACCAGGUAUAUCCAUCGUGUUUCGCUCGCUGUAUGUACUUACUCUGUGGCCCGAGUAAUAAAUUUAUAUUAGUGUUUACAUGAUAACUUGGUCAACCCUUUCAGACCCCGACAACGUGGGGCACACUUCUCGAGACCUGGGUUGGCUUGACCCAGGCUCAUGCAAAGUCAAACUGGUAUAUAAACUGUAGAAGCACAUUCAAAUAAAAUGAAGUUCAAAUGACAAUGUCUUUCAACAAAAUACAGUAUCCCCCAAUAUGUCAAAAUUUAUUUAACAAAAUUUAUUUGGAUCAAUCUAUAUAUAAACAUGCAAAGGAGCAAAUAUUUACAUAGUAAAAUGUGUCAUCACUUAUUUAUGCAUGCCAUUUGAAGCUAAGGAAGGUCGCUUUAGAACAAGUACACCAAUGUGGCUUAAAUAUGGUUGAUGGUAGACUAGUGUUGACGCCAAACCAGGUUCAUGUAAACAUGAUAAAAGAACAAGCCCCAUGAGGUGAGCCCAGGCUUAUGCGAGGGCUUGUGGAAACUGGGCCACACUUUACUUGUCUAAUGCCAAAUAAUAUUAGUUGGUCCAAAGGUGUAUUGAUACCACAAAUUGUUUACUAACAUUGGUUAUCAUCUUUCAUUAAAGUAAUCACUGUUGGGUUUCAUUCAGUGGUUUUGCUGAAGCCUUCAAUGAUACCUAUGAGGAUGAAGUUAGGCAGUAUGGCAGGUGCAUAAUUGAAAAAAAAGAUGAUGGACUUGUUGAAGGUAAAUGUUUAAAACAGUAUUUAGGAUUUGUUUCUUUGUAGGUUUCCAUGACGAUAAAACUUUUUUUUCUGGAAACACCAUGUAAAUUUAUUACUGCAAAGGUUUUGAUCCAUAUUGCCCGGAUCUUCAUCAGUGCUAAUAUUAUAUGCGACUUGUUCAAUUCUGGAAAUUAUUAAUAUACUGGUACAUACUUACAGAUGAAUUGCCUGAGCCCUAAUGAGUUCUUUGUUAUGUAGUCUUCAAAAAGCAUGUCUAUGCAUUCCUGGCAGGCAAAUUGUACUUUGAAUAAAGUUUACAAUGUGUACCCCCGUCUAUUUGAAAAUGACAUGAAACUAAUUGCUAGUUAAAAAUUUCUUGGUUAGCCAAGAGAGUUAAGUUUAAUUAAUAUAACUGCUGGAUAAAUGGGUUGUUUAUACGGGACAAAAUAAGUUGCAACUUAGGCUAUGUGCACACAGGCGUCGUUUUGCAGCGUUUUCAAAAACGUUUUUGUCCGUAAAAUCGUUUUGACGCCGUAUUCGCACAGCCCAAAGGAAAAUAUCUCGGAUAUAUUAAAUAAACUACAACUUCUGUUGUAAGUUGAUAGUGUUUGUAUCCGUUUUAGCGUGAAAACACAAAUGAAAACGCUCGAAAACGUACCGUGUGCACAUAGUCUUACAUAAGAAUCAUCUUAUAUAAGUGGAGGUAUUAUUGACCACUGAUUAGUUGAAUCGGGGGUCGGCUAUUUUGCGAGCUGCGAGUUGCUAUCCUCGCUUUGAAUUAGGCUUUGAAAGUAUAUUAAUAUGGACGACAUGGAAGGGAAAGUCGAAGGGUUUUUUGUUUCAUAAAUAUAAUGACCUUCGAAGUUAAGGUCCCUGUAACUAAGACUUCGACACAAAAGAAAAUGCUACGAUACGGACGAGAUAAAAAUCGGCCUUUACUUGUUUUUUUACUUUGUUAGAUCCAUCGAUACGUAUGUUCAAGAAUUAAAAUAAUUAUAUUGAAAAUAAAAGUGCAAGUUUAUAUUUGCCGCUUCUGUGUUUAAUAAAAUCUAGUAGUUAUCCAGACCAUUUUGUGCUGUCUAAUCUUAAAAUGGUUAUUUAAUUUUAUUAGUAAGUAUGACCAGACACCGACUCAGUUUGUUUAUAUAUACUGAACGCUGGGAACCCUAUAAAACUCAAGUCCUUUUCAUCGGAAGUACAAUUUAUUUUAUACAAUUUAUACAUAGACAUACAUAUACAUACAUAAACUUUAUCUCAACACGGGAAAUAUAUAUCAGUAUAUCAAAACGAUUGCUAUUUACAAGUUUGUAAGUAUAAAAAUAAAUGCAAUGAAUGUUUAUUUCAAAAGCUGAAAAUUGGCGCCAAAUUGAGACAAAGCUAAAAUCACAUCCGCCAGGAUGCCAUACAGUUUUCAAUUUGAAUUUUUAGUGUAAACCACAGGUGUAAACACCUGGUUCGGUGCUUCAAAGCUAGGUUAAUGCUAACCCUGGGUUAAAAUUAAACCCGAUGUUAUUAGAAAUUAACAAUAUACUCGUAACUCGCAACUCGCAGCUUAGAUAAUCUCAUUGAAUCGCUAAUCAGCUAUUUUAGCGAUUGGCUCAUUCCUAGUUUUUGUUUUACGCAAGGCUAAUAAUUUUACUUUGUUUCAAGUUUUGGGCAUGUGCAUUUAGACCUUUUAUCCAAAAUAUCUUAUUUAAUUAAAGACGCGACUUAAAUAAGAACAGCUAAAAAUCUUGUUCUUAUUUAAGUCGAGUAAUAAGAAAUGGGUUUGUUGUUGAUAAAAUUCUUAAGAAAAAGGGCUUUUUAGUUGUUUAUAAUUGUAUAUUGCAGGAUGGCAAGUGCACAAUAUUCUAUAUUUUUUUAAUCAAAAUCAUUUCUCAAUGUCCUAAUAUCCUGUUGACAAGUAAGUAUGAGUUAAACCUGUGACUUAUGCUGUUUUCGGUGUUUUAGAUGAGCCUGAUUUGAUGGAAAAUGAGAAUUCUCUGGAAAACUUAGAUUUAAAUAUAGGUAGGUUUUUGCCAGUGGCACCAUUAAUUGUUCAAAGUCAUGGUUAGAGUAAUUAGCAAGUGUGUAAAUUUUCCCAAUGUAAUAUGCUUCCAAUUUUUUAUGUUAUUAAAUUAAAUUGCCAAACAUUUUGUUUUAAAUUAAUAGGUGUUUUGCCAGGUGAAAUGUCACCAAAAGCAAUUUCUCAGUGCUUUUGGCAUAGAGAAGUAGAAGAAGAGCUUGCUUGUCAUGGUUUGAGAGAAGAUUGGUCAUUCUCCAAGACACCUGGUCCAACUAGUGGAACAUACAAUAAUGCGAUGCAGAUGAUCGACAAAAAACGUUGCGAACAGUUGUAUAUGCAUGACUGCUCAGAUCACUGUAAAAGUAAAGGUAGGUAGUAUACUGUAUACUGCAUGUAAUUAAUUAUAUUAAAGCCUAAAAUGUGAGAGUUUAGGAUUAUAAAUAGGCAUAUUCAAACAUCAAAUUAUUUGCUGGGCAAUAUUUUUGUCUAGAUUUAUAAUUAUCUAUAAAUAAAUAAAUAAAAAUCUCAAUCUGCUCAGGCAAUCAUAUUUAUGGGCCAAUUGAGCCAUUAGAGACUUAAGAUAGUAUACAAUAUUGCUGUUACAAUUUAAAACUGCUUGAAGGAAGGCUCACUAUCACACUAAAAAUAACUAUCUUCAAAAUCAAACCUAGCAGUAUUCAAACUUGACUGAAGGUCUUUAUUAGAUGAAAACCAUUUGAGUAGGAUAACUUUGUCAAUGUAGCAUUUGCUGUACCAUGUUCAAUGUGAUGUCAACUAAUUAAGCAGUGUUACAUUAAUUUUUAGGAUGUGGGCAAUUAUAUGUGGCAGAUGGGAAUUGGAAGCUCCGAUAUGCCCACUGUAUGUGGAAAGUUCCAGUGCAAAUAAGUGGUUUUGGGAAGAUAAAUUAUCCAUCCGUUUGCCCCCUCUCUCCAAAACGGGGUCACGCUUUUUGCGAAACUCACUGUGUAAAAGCAAAUCAAUUUGGUUUCCCAAGUGAGUUGAGAAAAUUUUACAACAGUUGCGGUGUCAGUGAUGGAAAUAUCAAUAAAGGUUAGUGAUACCAAAUAUAUAGAAACAAUUUAAAUGUGUCAAGACUCUCGCUAUAGGGGGAUGUGUGUGGGGUGUGACACCUUCCUGAAAACAUCUUGUCGGCAAAAUAACUUAUUGGCAAAUUGUUGUUGUAGUUGGCAAAAAUAGCAGUUGGAAUUUGAGUAGCUCUGAUUAAUUAAACAGUAUGAUAAAUUUACUAAAAUAUUACCGAAAAAUUACAAAGAAUGCUUGCCAACAAUUUUAGGAAAAGAAAUAUUAAUUAGCGACUGAAUUGUUGUAACAAAUGCGAUACUACACCCCUGCUUUAGCCUUUUUUCUACGGCCCUGCUUGGUGUGUCAUGUUAAAAUACUAAGUUGACAUUAAUUAAUCAUCUUUGUAGCUCUGGAAGAGAUGUCAUCACAGGCAUUGUUGACAGGUAAUUAAAUUGAGCAUAUAUUUAACCAAAUAUAGAUUUACACACAAGAAGUUGUUUUACCACAUCCUGUGCUGGAAAUUUCAUCACUAAAGCCAGUUUUCCACUAGGCAGAAUUUUGCACGCGGAGCGGAAUUUUUCUGUGUCUUUUCUAAUUAGUUGCAUCCAAGAAUUCACAAGAUAAAGAAAAAUUCCGCUCCACGCACAAAUUUCCGCCUAAUGGAAAACCAGCUUAACAUAUGCUGUACAUAGCCUGUAGUACUUUAUUUUGGAUAGAGAAUAUUUAUGAUACUUUUAAUUGCUAAUAUGUAACAUGAUAUUUUUCAGAAUCUUCCUAUCAAUCAGUUUCUAACUGUCUGGAUGAAUUUGCUAUGCAAAUGGUUGAUGAAGAGGCAGUUAAUGCUUCCACAUUUCAAGGCACAGUAUUGUAUAUUGAAUGUUAUUUUGUGAAUAUACUUGUGUUAAAUGAAGAUUUCUCACCAGAUUUUGGGAAACAUUCAAGAAUAUAUAUCGGAAUGAGAUUCAUUGAAGGAAUGUUAAAUCCUUUUGUAUAGCUGUUUAGGCAAACUUGCCAAAUGGUUUUGGGUUCCAGUCAUGACGUAUCAAAAGGCAUUACUAUUUACAUUUGAUGGGUGUUGUUGAUGGAAAUUGUUGAGAGGAACAGCUGCGAAAAAUGCAACUUUAGGUCCCUGGCAAAAAUCGAACCUGCGGCCCUGUGAUGGCCCUACAAUACCAUCAAAUAUUCAUUUGAGUGAGAUGUCAACAACAUCAGGUAUUGCACAAGCAUGCUGUGGAUCUCGGAUAGACACAAACAGAAGAAAGUUAUACUGCAUUGAAAAAUUUAGGCAACCCUGACAAUAUUACUAAUGAGUUACAAACCUGGCGAUGUGUUUCUUGUAGUUAUUGUUAGAUGUGUUAUAAAUAUUUUUGCAUGGUUAUGAUUGAAAUAUUUUGUGUGUGCAUUGAUGAUUUUUAGGGACAGCAGAAUUUCUUACAACCAACCCUGGAUUCGUUGCAGACCAGUCAUUGGUGGAAGAUACGUCUUGCAACAAGGAUACUGGUGGGUUGAAAGCAUUCCACUGCUGGUCGAGAGGAGUAUUUGUCAUAGUCAGUGCUGGAGGACACAUUGAAUAUUGGCAACCACUCUACAGGUAUAAAUGCUGAUUCUGUAUGUUAAGUUGUAGUACAUGUUAAUGACUUCCAGUUUGUGUUUUAUGGAUCAAUUCAACAAUUUGCUUAUAUGUAAUUAGUCUACUUUAAAUUGUUAUAAAUUAUGACAUGGAUGGAUUUUACUUGGGGGGGGGGGAGGGGAGGGGGUACAUACACCCCUAGCCCUGGCCAGAAGGUGUGUGCUAUUUUUCAUGAUGAAGCAAAAAAAAAUAUUAGAGACAAAAUGAGAUACAGUAAUUUGAGUAAUAACAUGAUGGUAAGCGAACUGUGACAACAAUUACAAUUCAAAUACAGUAGUCAAGCAAUACUUUGCAGUAGUCAAGCAAGUUGAUGGGCAUGUAGCCUGCGUGGCAGGCCCUCAAUUUUAUGGGGGGGCCUGAUUUGUGGGCAGGAUUUUAAUCCUGCCCGCUGCAAAUCAGGCCCUCCAUAGAAUUGAGCGCCUGCCAUGCAGGCUAAUGGGCAGGCGGCGCACAUGACUGAUACAACUCGGUACCUGAGCUGGCAGAGCACACCCCCCCCCCCACCCACCAGAUCAUGCUGGAUCCAUCCCUAAAUUACGAGGCUGUCAGGUUUGUUUUAAUUGAUUACAUGUAUGUGGUUUAUCAGCUUUGUCUUAGCAACCGUUCAUAAUUUACUUAGUGUGAAGAGGCUAUGGUGAUUUUAAAUUAUUAGCAUGAGUGUGUGACGUCUUUUGGAAGUCCUCCCACAUGUUUGUGAUAAAUUUUUUCACUCCAAUAAGAGUGAAUUGUUAUGACUCAAUUAGUUUCUGAAUCCGUAUAUAGUUGGAUUAUCAAUAGAUUGGAAACUUAAUGGAGAGACCAGCUUAAUAAAUGUAUUCAUUUAGAGGGAGGGGGGAUAUUGCUUGGGGAGCAUAUUUUAUAAAGGGAGGGGUUGGAUGGAGAAUACUGUACAAGUUGCAUGUGAAAUAUGUGAAAUAAAUUUGUUCUUCAGAUCUGAGUCUCCAACCCAAGCCUUUCUGGUUACGAUGCUGUGGCUGUAUCGGAAAUUUAAGAUUAUGCAAGAAGAAGGGCACUGUGAUGAGUCAAUCCGUGAAGCAAUAUCGUCUGUUUGUUUAUCAUAUGACAACAUGUGUCACAUGGAUAGUCUAAUUAUUGCAAGAGAUGAUCUACCACUUCCAAAGCCAUUUAAUGAAGCUUGGAAAUUGAUAUCCAAAGUGAUAGACAGGCUGCACCUCAGAAACCACGUUGACAAGAAGUGCCAAAAGCUUUAUAAUCCUGACGACAAAUUACCAAAGAAUUUUAACACUAUGGCAUGCGAGCAAACAUUUAUCUGGGCUAGUCGAUUUAAGAAGGUGAUUUGUGCCAUGCCACAAAUCCAUCAAUUUUUCUUUUUGCACAGGCUGGUCAAAUAUCGGAACAAGUAUACGGAGAAAUGUCACCUCCAUAG